AUGAGUAAUCGAGCCAAGUUUCGCGCGUUACCGAUCGAUCACGGCAUUAUGGGGAGGAUUAAAAAGUAUAGCUUGUCGACGAACGCGUCGACGGCGGGAAGGACGACGCGCGUGCUGCGGAAUAGGAACGAAAUCAGCGAAGUUACGCAGCGUUACGCGAUGUACGACGUGGGGAUGUUAGAGGUGAAAACGCAACGUUUGCUUGGUUUUGGAAGAUCGAAGCGAACGGCGAAGUUUAUUGCAGCCGCGGCGCGAGAGGGGGAGGAGCCGCCGAAGCACGCCGUGGGCAAAGGCGCGAGUAAGAUCAAAGACGACGUCCCAGAGAUUGCGUUCGCGGGACGAUCGAACGUGGGGAAGAGCUCGUUGAUUAACGCAUUGACGCUGAGCUCAGUGGCGCGCUCGAGCGAUGUUCCGGGAAAGACGCAGAGCUUGAACUUUUAUUCCAUGGACGAGCGCAUUCGUCUCGUCGAUUUACCCGGGUACGGGUUCGCGUUCGCCAAGCAACACCGCGUAGAGUCGUGGAACGAACUGAUGGACAAGUAUCUCACUUCGCGCCCGAACUUAAAGCGCGUAUACUUGGUCAUCGACGCUCGCCACGGAAUGAAAGCAUCGGACAGAGAAAUGUUGGCAUUUUUGUCCAAGUACGGCGAGACGCAGUGCGGAGUGAUUCUGAACAAAUGCGACUACGUCAACCCGAAUGAGUUGGCGCGUCGCGCGUACUUGAUUCAAGAAGAGCUUCGUUACACCAAGCGUGCUCGCACCAUGGUGCUCAUGGCGUCAACAUCCACGGGUGCAGGCGUCACGGAGAUUGCUCGCGAAAUUUACGGUAUGGCGCUUGACGAUCCCAGUGGCGAAGAAUACGACGACGACGACGACGUCGAGAGUGAAUCAGAUGGCGAGUACGGCGAGGGCGACGUUGGGGACGACGACAGUUUCGCCGGAAGUUCAAGUAAAAAGACAGAGUUUUACGGUGGUGAGUGGAAACCCGGACAAAAAGCUUCGAAGAAGUACACGCCAGCGUCGAAGGCAGUGCCGGCUGCCGGUCGUGGCGGUCGAGGCGGUCGAGGCGGUCGAGGCGCGCAGGGCGGUCGUGGCGGGCCCAGCGGUCGAGGUGGGCGUGGGCGAGGCGGACGGGGGCGAGGCGAUGAUGCACGCGGCGACGAGGCGCGAGGCGGCGGUCGAAGCGGCGGUCGAAGCGGCGGUCGUGGGCGAGGCAAGGGCUUCACGCAAGGCACGCCCGGAAGCAACUAGCGAGAUUUAUUGUUUGUAACAAACCGAGUGCGCGAUACA